UUCCUAAGUCCGUGUGUAUUAUGUCAAGCAAUCGAAAAAUUUAUUUACAAAUUGGAACAAGAGCGUAGGAUCUAGCGGAGUUGCUGCCGUGUUGAAUUUUCGAAAUUUCAUCAAUGACACUACCUAUUUUUUGUUUUCUUCUAUUCGUAGAUUUUAUAACUUCGUACAUGACAGUAUUUCGGUAGCAAUUACUAGCGUAUAAUUAUCUCACGUCGAACGUAACCAAUUAAUUUUCUCCUCUAUACACCCGCGUGCUCUACUGUCGACGUAAAAUCGAAUAUUCUAUUUUUCUUAAAGUGGCGUGUGCGCGUUUACGUUCGUACGACAUACGUGUAGAUGACUUACGCACGCAUCGACGAUAAUACACAUUCGCGCAGGCCAGUACAGUAAAGGCUGACACAAAAACAAAUCGAAGAGAAAAAAGAUAUCUAAGAAAAAAAUAAUCAUAAUAAAGAAGAUAAUAUCCCAAAUUAAUCGAUCUGAAUAUUUAUCGACGGUAUGAGGAUGAAUUCAGUUUCAAUCGUGCAACAGGGUGGUUCAAGUUUCCGAAUAUUUCACACGAUUUAGUACACCACCGCUUAUAUUGUUUUGCGCAUUUGAUUCAAAUUGAUCAAAAGUGGGCGCGCGGGUCGCCAUCUUGUAAAAGUGGUUCUGUGUGGUGUUUGGAGGUUCUGCGAAGAACAGGAGCUUCGCCAGAGGCUGGGAGUCCUUUUGAAAUCCUCCUAGCGGUCCUUGGCAGUCCCUGGGCAUCCAGGUGACAUCCCGCGAAGCCAGGGGACCUCCCGAUAAUCUCGGACUUCUGCCUACCAACACAAACACUGCUGAAUCCUCGGGAAGAUGAGUUCAGCAUCGACUGGGGGUACAGAGGGGUCUAGUCCAGCCUCCAGCCCUGCGUCCGCAGCAAGUCUUGCAAUGGCAGCACCUAAGUACGGCACACUAGUCCCAAACCGAAUUUUCGUCGGCGGUAUCUCGGCAAACACAAGCGAAGCAGAACUUGCCCAGUUAUUCUCAACCUAUGGCAAUGUCAAGGCAACUAAAAUAAUUUCGGACAGAGCUGGUGUCUCCAAGGGAUAUGGUUUCGUCACCUUUGAAACGGAGGAGGAGGCUAAACGACUUCAACAGGAGUCGGAAUGCAUCGUGCUGAGGGAAAGAAAGCUCAACAUUGCUCCCGCAAUAAAGAAACAGCCUUUCAAUCGAUCUUACGACGGUAGUUCCGGCUCUCCCCCUGCAGUACCGACAAACACCUAUUACUACACAAACGGCAUGGGUCUAACGUACCAAAACGGCAUGACUUUCUACAAUGCCGGAGCUCCAGCCCCUGCAACUCCAGUGGCACCUCCCGCCGAUCCUGCAACCAUAUAUCAAGCUACCAGUGUAUUUGGGCCGCAAGCAACCGCUGGACACCAAACAUUCGCUCCGGUUAUGUACCCGUGCCCAGCACCUUCUUUGUACGUCCCGCAGCAAUACCAGUACACGCCGAUGUCGUACGAGCCAUAUUACACAGGGGCAACGGCGGCCGGCGCGCCUCAGUACCUGUACACGGCUAGUAGCUCUCAGAGCACUACUAAUGGCGGGGGAACGGGUUCCGGGGGCGGUACAAACGGAGCUACCAGUCCACCGGCUGGCCCUCCGCCUGCUCUCACGUCUCUUCCAGCCCCGCCGCAGCCGCAACAUUUUUACACCUCAGCAGCCCCGCCGCCUCAUCAUCAUCCCCAGAUACCCGCCGGCCCUCCGCAGUCACAGUUUGAUCACGUGUACUACUCGUGCACUGCUGGACCUCCGCCUCUGCCGCCGUCACACGCUUCGAUAGGCCUCACCGAUCAGCAGUUACUGUUGUACGCGACGGACGGUUCAUGUCAAUCUCAACAAUCAAACGACACUCAGGCACAGCCGCAGGAGCCGCAGCACGGCGAUACGUCUGGUUCAGUGACACCGCUGGUUCCUUUGGUGCCCAUUAAAUUCCCAAUUACUAAUAGAUAUCCAGGCAGCUAUCACCAUCCAGUCGCGAUUCAUACCACCAAUUUACACGGUUCGCAGACAUGCUUAAGCGAUAACGCAGACGCGGGCGACGCCGGUAGCGUAGCUCAGAUGCACUGUAGAACGAUUGUCUAUCAUCCAGCAGCCGUCUACAUUCCUCACACCCAUUCGUCAUCUCAAUAUCAUCCGUCUUCGUCGAGAGGUCCUAGCCUUCUGCCGACGCCGACGUCUGCAUCAUCCCAUCAUCAUCACCACCACCACCAUCAUCGCUCCGUUCAGUCCACCGUUAAUCCAAAAUUGCAAAGCAUCGUCUCGCAUCAGCGCGACUAUUCGAAGGCGGUCGUAGCCGGGGCGCAGGGCAGCUAUAACGUCAAGUCACAAAAUUUGAGCAUCGCAUUGAUCUCCUCAUCCUCCGGUGUUCACAAUCACGGUAAGCUUCACGGUUCGUCGACGCAGGGUCAGAAGUACGCGAACGCGUCGGACUUUCACAAACUCACAAGCAACGUUUUGUCAACGACUCAUUUUCCUCCUCAACAUCAACUCGCCAAGCGAUCAUUGUGCGCCAACGCCGGCCAAGCGGCUUACUUCUCAGGUCAAAGGUCGGGAUACGGCUCUUUCAAGUCAAUGGUGUUUGGUCCGACGACGGGUGUGGUUUUGAACGGUCUGAAUUAUCCGGGAUCUCAAAAGUUGACCGUCGGUCAUCAGAACUACGGUACCGAUCAGUAUUUCGAGGGCGGCGGUAACAAUUCGAGGUCGUCGAGAAAUUAUUCGCAUAAAAAUCAAGCCGCCGCGGGUCGGACUAGUGGCACGGCUAAACGGGUGAUCUUGGACAAUAACAACUGUAGCAACGGUCAGACCGGGGAAAAGUACGGUGCGCAAUCGGAUUCGCAAAACGUUGAUAACUCCACAGAAACUACAACGACCUCGAGCACGACGAUCGUUUCCGAAAAGUCGUCCAGUCCACCACCCGCCCCUUACUCACCCAUGACUCGUCCUCUCCCAAACCUUUCGCCUCCCGUUCCUCAGGUCCAGUUCUACGCUCCGGCUCAAAACCGUUACCAGACGACUGUGCCGUCCAGCAACACGCCUGGACAUCAGCAGCAGCAGCAACAACAACAACAACAUCAACAUCAACAUCAACAACAACCGGCGCAGCGGCGGUACACAGUUGCACCGCCUCUGCCAGCGGGGAGGAAGCCUUCAGAAAAAUAUUCAACCGCUCCGGCACAGAGCUCGAUGCUGCGACAGCACAAGUAUAAGCCUAACGGCAUGAUGCAGUCGGGCAGUAAAUCUGGUGACGAUAGCUUGGGGGGAGCAGGUGACGCGCCGCCUGGUGUCGGUCGCAUGCCGAUUACCCCGCCUGGUACCCCGAGGAACACUCACACUGGGGGACAUUCCGGUGGUGAUCAAAACCAAAUCAGCGAUUGCACUCAUCAAAUGCAGGCAUUGAGCCUUUAGCACUUUCCCGACUCAGAUCUGCCCCUCGAUUGUACCAGUGGUAUGAUAGUGUUUAAUCAAGAGCAAGUAAUUAACCGACUAAAUAAAGUAAGUGAAUAAAAUACGUUAGCCAGCUAGUUAGUUGGACACUUAGUUAUCUAGAUAUAAUAAUUAUAUAAAAAUUCAGCUGGUUAAAGACAA